UUAAUAUAAGUAAAACUUAUUAACAAGUGCUCAAAUUGCACAAGAGAUGCUCCAUGCAAGUAGGAGAAAAAGAUUAUAAAAGAGACAAUCAAGAUUGACAUUGUAAUAACUAAACCAAGAAAGUGAGUGAAAAUGGAUUUGAGUGAACUUAGAAAAGAGGUUGAUGAGGUUGAACUUGAGAACGAGUUAGAAAUUGAUGUUGAGAACGAGUUAGAAAUUGAUGUUUCAUUUGUUCGUAUAAUUUGGGUUGAUCAUUCAGGACAACAAAGAUGUCGUGCAAUUCCUAGAAAGCGAUUCUACGAUGUUGUUGCAAAGAAUGGUGUUGGUUUAGCAUUUGUGAAUACAGUGUUGACUUCUUUUUGGGAUGGACCUGCACCUGGUUCUGCUGUAGGUUUUGUUGGUGAAUCAAGAUUAAUACCUGAUUUGUCUACAAAAACAACAAUUCCUUGGUGCAAACAAGAUGAAAUGUUUAUAGGAGAUCUGAAUGUUAAAUCUGGUCAAGCAUGGGAAUUUUGCCCAAGAGAGACUUUAAGAAGAGUUUCCAAAAUUCUUAAAGAUGAAUUUGACUUGGUAAUGAACUCCGGAUUUGAGAAUGAGUUUUUUCUAUUGAAAAACAUAAUAAGGGAAGGGAAUGAAGAGUGGAAACCAUUUGACUCGAGUCCUUACUGCUCCUCAUCGGCAUUUGAUGCAGCUUCUCCAAUACUUCGUGAAAUUACUUCUGCUUUACAUUUCAUGGGAAUUCCGGUAGAACAGUUACAUUCAGAAUGUGGAAAAGGUCAAUUUGAAGUGGUUUUGGGACACACCAUAUGUACUAAAGCUGUAGACAAUUUAGUUUACACACGUGAAACUGUUAGGGCAAUUGCUAGAAAACAUGGUUUGCUAGCAACUUUUGUUCCAAAGUACACAUUAGAUGAACUUGGUUCGGGUUGUCAUGUGCAUUUAAGCUUGUGGCAGAAUGGUCAAAAUGUAUUUAUGGCAUCUGAUGAAUCAUCAAAAUAUGGAAUAUCAACUUUGGGGAAAGAAUUUAUGGCUGGAGUUCUAUAUCAUCUUCCUUCUAUUUUGGCAUUUGUAGCACCACUUCCAAUCAGUUAUGAUAGGUUACAACCAAUGACAUGGGGAUCAUACUUAUUAUGGGGAAAUGAAAAUAGAAAAGCUCCCUUACGAGCUGCAUCUUCUCCUGAAACUCUUGGUGGUUUAGCUAGUAAUUUCGAGUUUAAGUUAUUUGAUGGUAUUGCAAACCCAUACAUAGGCUUAGCUGCCAUAAUGGCUGCUGGUAUUGAUGGCCUUCGUCGACAUCUUAUUCUUCCUGAACCUGUUGAUACAGAGCCAAAUCCUGAAAAACUUGAGAGAUUGCCAAAAUCCCUUUCAGAAUCUUUGGAAGCUCUCCAUAAAGCUGAAUUCUUUAAGGAAUUUAUUGGUGAUGAGUUGUUGACCACCAUAAAAGCAAUGCGAAAGGCUGAAAUCGAUUAUUACUCGAAGAAUACGGAUGCAUACAAGCAACUCAUACAUCGUUAUUGAGGGAUAAUCAUCUUGUUGGAUCUUUUGAUUUGUUUGUUGUUCCUUUGUUAUUUUUUUCAUUCUGUUGUUGAUUUUCUCUUGAUUUAUAUUGUCUUAGCCCUUGUUAGAGGUUUUUUUUGGUCAAGUACCAAUUGUUGUCACUUUAGUAUUUCAGGUGGAUUAUUUCUUAUUCUUAGUAUUUAUUUUUAAUUAAAAUAAAUAAAAACAAUGUUAUUGA